UAUACCUUAGCAAAGUAAAACUGUUUUGUAUCGGCACAUUAAUUAAACAAUGACUGCGUUACUAAAAUGCUCCGAUUUCUGAGUUCUCGGGAAACUGGUGAAGACGACCCUAUUUUUCUCCAAAGGGCUGAAACUACUCGGCGUUCUUACAGCCUUGAUUUAAGUAGAUAUCGUGAUGUCGAACAAGUUUCUCAUAGUUCUAGCGUGAAUUGCCUCGACAUUGACUUGGUGGAAGACAGAUACCUUUUGUCUGGUGGCUCAAAUGGAAUGAUCUUUGUUUAUGAUCUGUACAAUGGCACAAAAGAUGUGAAAUAUUCAUGCAAUAUUGUUGCCAGUGUAGGUCUGUCAAACAAUGACAGGCAUCGCUGCAGUAUUGAAACUGUCCAGUGGUAUCCACUUGAUACAGGGAUGUUCAUUACCAGUGGCACAGACAGAUUAUUAAAGAUUUGGGAUACUAAUAAUCUUGUUGUUGCUGACCAUUAUGAGUUUAAAGGAAUCAUCUAUUGUCAUCACUUAUCAUCAGUAGCUCAACAACAUUCUCUCAUUGCUGUUGGCUAUACAGGAAGCUCACUAAAGCUGAUUGAUAUGAAAUCAGGCUCAGCAACUCAUAGUUUAAGAGGUCAUCAUAAGCCAGUGCAGUGUGUGCAGUGGUCUCCCAAAGACGAGUUCAUUUUAGCAUCUGGCAGCACUGAUGGCCAGGUACUUCUGUGGGAUAUUCGACGAGCAAAAGGCUCUUUAAUGAAGAUGGAUCAAUUUAAUGGUGAAGGACUUUCUAAUUCAAAAGACACACAUGUAUUUGCUCAUGAUGGCCAUGUUAAUGGACUACAAUUUACAACAGACGGUCUUCUUUUGGUAACUCUGGGUACUGACCAGUGUAUUCGGUUGUGGAGUACAGCUUCAGGAAGAAACACUUUGGUAAACUAUGGCAAAAUUAACAAUAUGAGCCGACGCUGUGUCAAAAUAUCUGUUUCUCACAAUGGUUCGCCUGAUGUUAUUUUUAUCCCUGAAGGUAGUGACAUUAACAUUUAUAAUAUUUUCUCAGGAUCUAAAAUUGAUGUAUUGCGUGGACAUUACAACCAAGUGAACUGUUGUAAAUUUCAGCGUAACUACCAGGAAUUGUAUUCUGGAGGAAAUGACCGUAAUAUCCUUAUAUGGGUUCCAAACACUGGUGAUGCCUAUGAAGAACAUCUAAGAACAAUUAGCUGCCAAAAGAGACCACAAGAUAGAACUCAAAGUUUUAAUCAGAAAACAGCUCUGCCAACAGCUGAUACAUGGAGUAGUGAUGAAGAUUAAAUGACUUCAGGCAAAUACAUAAAGAAGUGUUUGUCUAUAACUGUAAAGUGUUUAUAAAUAUAUUGUAAAUCAGGUAAGAUUUAAAGAAGAAUCAUGAAUGAGUGAUGAAGGUCAAAAUUUAUAAAUCUAUGGACAAAAUUUCAUUUUCUUAUGAAGUAACAUUUUUGAUAUCACUGACAAAUUUAUAUUUAUAUUUAUAUCAUUGAAUAUUUUAAAUAAAAAGUGGAUGGUAAUUCUACAA